CUCAGGCGGUGCAGUUCGAUGCUCGGUCAGCUUGUCCGUCGGUAGCUGAUUAGAUUAUCAACAGUAGUACACUGUUCAUCGCACAUUCGAAGCAUACGCAGCGUGCUACCGCUACCGCCAGUUCAACUUUGGAGCGCGCGCGCGGAUCGUCGAUCAUUUCGUGAUUUCGCCGGGCGAGAGAAAAAAGAUACGCGCAACAUGUUUCAAAUAUUCCAUUCAUACUAGAGCAGCUCAACAAAUCCGACUUAGUGAUAACAUGUGUGUCAAGACGUUCGUCAUUGCACUAAUCUGCGUACAAUGUGUGCGAGGCACUGAAAUCAUGCAUUUCUUGAAAGAAAUACCUUUGUGUGGAAAUAGGACAGAGUUAAACAUACCCCCAGAUGGGUAUGAAUCAGUGCGGAUUAUAAAUCUUCGUCCUUCCGAGGAAUUCGUCUACUGCUCCAUGACAAUCCGAGUGCCGGUCACACACGUCAUUCAUUUACAGUUUUUGGAAGAUGCCGGCCGGAUCAAACACAAACCGCAUCAGUCCGUGUCGAUACCAUGUAAUUUACACAUUAUUUACCUUGUUUGUCCAACAGUAUGUGGAAGACAUGAUGAAACCCAUUUGGCAAGGAGAUCUCUGCACCUCGGAACCAUUGAAAAGUGUUGAUAUGUUGUCUUCAAAGGCGACCAUCCGAUGGGAGUCCUCACAUGAUAAGCUACAGACCAAGGGAAGGAAAAUAAUCGUCACUGCGGUUGGACAUGGAGAAUAUUGCAGGAAACCCAAUCAACAUACCUGUAUGAAAAUUGGUUUCGAACCUAUUUUUUGCGUCUCCGCGGAUGUCACCUGCGAUGGGCAUGAAAAUUGUCCCAGUGGGUCAAAGACAAGUGAUGAGGGCAUCUUUUGUGAGACGGAUCAAUUGUGGACCAAGAGAUUCAUGGGGGUUUUGAAUAAAAUGCCAAACAUUGCAAAUACAAUUCGCAAAGUGGGUUACGCAGAAAACUCUACAGACCUUCCAAAAAUGAUCAAUGACAUCGGCAGGACAUGGAACAAUAUAAAACGACUUACAAAAAUAGAAACUACAACAAGACCAGCCCCGGAAGCGAAAACCUUCUCAACUCUACACGAUCUCCUCUCACAGUACGACCCAUGGGGCUACCUCUGCCUAGGUGUAGUCCUAUGUGGGACCCUAUUCCUAAUGUGUUAUGGUGUCUGGGAGUGUUGUAUCCGGAGAUACAAACUAGAACCAUUUAUACCUUCACCAUCUCAACCUGCCACCACGGUACUAAUCGUCAACAACUACGACGAAAACGGUGUACCACAACCACAACCCCCACAAAUGGGCGCACAGCAACCUCCAAAUUACGACGAACUAGAUCUACCCCCGUCAUACACUGCCCUCUUCCCAAACAAACCUCCCGACGAACGUCAUCGGUCUGUGAAUACCCCCACCACCAACGAGGUUAUUGCAAUGGACAGUAUUAAUCUACGCCAAGCCCACAACACCACAGCCACGACACCCACUAGUGAUACAAACUAGUAAAAAUUUAAAACACUAACGCGUAAUAAUUAAGAGACUGAUAAAGUGAUCAAAUAUUUAAGUUACAUUAACUUAAGCCAAACUAGUGGUGCCAUGACCAUUACAGUUUUAAAUAUAACCCAAAGAAAUUAAAGUUAAACUAAGAAGAG